AUGUGUCGCAUACGUUUCAGGCAAAUAAAGAUUCCGUUGUUCCACUCCCCUUUUCUUCUCUGGUGUUCCGUGCCUUACUGGCAGCGCAGCCUUGGGCCGAGCCUAACCGCACACGGAGUGGGCUUUGUGGGAGUUUCUUCUCCUGCCUUCAAGAAACGAGAGGGCAAGGAGAUGACAGAGGAGAAAGCAGAACAGGAAAGGAGGAGUGGAGAACCGUUAGAAAUGAGAGAGGAGGGAGAGGGGUUAGGGGAAGUAGGGAAGGGAGAAGGGAUUGGGGAAGGCGAAGGGGAAGGGGAGCGAGGGGAGGCGAAGGAGGGAGGGGAGAUUGACCAGGGAAAGGGGAGAAAGCGAAGGAGGAUCAUUCGCUUGAGUGAAGGAAAUGAAGAGGAGAACGAAGGGGGGGAUACAAACGAUGACGAAGAGGAGGGGUGGGGAGAAGAGGAGGAGGGGUGGGGAGAAGAGGAGGAGGGACGUCAUCGCAGGGAAUGCUUUGAAGCCAUUAAGAAGUGCCUGGAAGCUUGUGACGGGGCAGAGGGGACGAAGGGGGCGGAGGGGGCGGAGGGGGCGGAAGAGGCGGAUGAUGCAGAAGGGACGAAGGGGCUGGAGGAGCAAGGUGGCAGCAGCCUGAGCAGCAUGGGUGACGAGCAGCCGCAAGAGACACACAAGCUUAUAGUCUUUAACCUGUUUGCCCUUGUAAGGCCUCCCCACCAGUUCCCUUCGCUCUUUGCUCGCAGCCACCCGUCCCUUUUCCGCCGGUUGCAACGAGCAGUUAGCCCACACGAGGUGAGUGUGAAGGUGGCUUUUGAGUCGACUCAAAAGUUGCUUCGCUCUUUGCCGCAGCCACCCGUCCCUUUUCCGCCGGUUGCAGCAAGCACUAUCAUGGGCGGAGGUGUCAGAAUGGAUGUGGCCGCUGCUCUUCCCCUGCCACCGGUGGGCACGGUGGAGGGAAGCUUCUCUGUGCCUUCCUCCCUGCGCUCUCCUGGUUUGUCCUCCUCCCACAUCCUUCAGGAUGCCUUUAGAACUUCAUGUUCAUGCCACCCCUCCCCCUCCCCCCUCCUCUCCCCUCCCCCCUCCCCUCCCCGCUCCUCCUCCCCCCUCUCCCCCUCCCCCACCACUUCCCCCUCCCCUCCCCGCGCCCUCCCCUCCUGUCUCGUUUUCCUGAUGCAGUGCAGGUUCCAGUAUGCAGCGACUUUUGAGGCGCCGCAAAAGACUUCUGAGGGGCCUCAAAAGUCACCUGUGCAGUGCAGGGUCCGCAUUAUACCUUCUGAUGCAGUCACUGUCUCUCGUCUUUCCCUGCCCUCCUUUUUUCUCACCUUCGCUCUUUCCCUCGUUCCCUCCUUCCCUCCUUCCCUCCUGAUGCCCUCAUCCUAUCAGCUGCUCUUCCAGUACUUCCUCCCUCCUCAUUGCCAGCGAAAUGUGCUGCUCUACCAGUACUUCCACCCUCCUCGCGUGCUGGGCGUACCGCGUAGCCAGAACAAUGUGUUCUAUGUGGGCUUCAGUUCCAUGGGCAGCAUGGGUCUUCUCCCCCGCCCUGCGUUGCUCCUCGCCACCAUCAUUGCCGCAGCUGAAGCCCUCAACCUGCGAGCCGUGGUCGUGACAAGUGGCGACAGCGCAUUGGAGGAGGCAGUCGCUGCAGUGUGCAGGGACGAAAAGCAGCACGUGCAGGAGCAAGAGGAGGAGUGGCGAAAAAGAGCAGCAGAUUUGGUUGCAAGGGGCAGAGGCGAAAUGCUGUCAGUGGAUGAGAAACGGUGGCUGUUGUCCCAGCGACCAUCCCAACCAGCACCACCCCAAUUGUCAACCUCACCGCUCUUGCCUCUCGGCCUUCCCAGGAUGUUUGCGGGUGGGAUGGUCCUUGCCCUUCGGGGCCCUGUCUCUCACGAGUGGCUCUUCCCCCGCUGCUGCUUUGUGCUGCACCAUGCCGGCAG